CCGCGGGAGGAAGUCUCGGUGGGACCCGGGCGGGGGGGACCUUCCAGCGGCUCUUCUCCCGCCCUCGGGGCGCAGCAAGCCGGCUCGGACGCGCCAGCAAAACCUCGGGGCUCCUGCCGAGAUGGAGUCCUUCAGCUCCCGCAACCUGGCUUUGCAAGCGGAGAAGAAGAUCCUGAGCCGCAUGGCCAGCAAGUCCACCGUCACCAUGUUCCUCGACGAGACCAGCGGGGAGGUGCUGGACGAGCUCUACCGCAUCUCCAAGGAGCACACGCAGGACCGGGCGGCCUCCCAGAAGGUCAUCAAGAACCUGGUGAAGGUGGCGGUCAAGGUCUCCGUCCUCUUCCGCAACGGGCGCUUCAGCGAGGCCGAGCUGGCCGUGGCCGAGGACUUCAAGCGGAAGCUGCACCAGGGCGCCAUGACGGCCGUCAGCUUCCACCAGGUGGCCUUCACCUUCGAGUGGGCCGUGCUGGGGGGCCUGCUGGGGGAAUGCCGGGACUUGUUGCUCCGGCUGGUGGAGAAGCACCUGAGCCCCAAGUCCCUCGGCCGCAUCCGGCACGUCUUCGACCACUUCGCCGACGCAGAACUCCUGAGCCGGCUCUACAGCCCCGGAGAACCCUUUGAGCCCCACCUGGAGAGGGUCUGCCAGGGGCUGAACCAGCUGAUGGAACAAGGGAAGCUGUGACUGCCCCCCCCAAAAAAAAGGGGGGGGAGGGGAGGGGGGUCUCUGGAACUCACAGCCACUUGGGCGCCUGCUGGGGUUUCUGACAUUUUAAAGGAGGGGGGAGGGCUUCACAUUUCUGGAAGGAAGCUCCCCCUCCCACGCUUGCUUUUGAGGUCUAAAGCGGGCUGUGUUUGCAAGGGAUCCAUGAGGACUAGGAGCUUGGAAUGAAAGCACUUGCGUUCUUCAGCUGGAUGGAAGGGUCCCUGAAUGCAAAUGGAUGGAGAAUUCCUUCUGCCAAAGGAUGUGGGGUGUUUCCCCCGCCCCCCCACAACUCGAAAUGGAUCCCUAGCUUACGUUUUUGGGGUGGGGGGGAACUCAGGAAUGCCCCCCUCCCACCCCCACCCCAUCUCCUUCCUAUCUCUCUCUGUCUGGACUUUUAUCCAGCGUGGAAUUUUUGUCUCAGGGAAAAAUAAGAAAUCUGAAAAUACACUUAUUUUGGUUUUUCAAUUGC